AUGAGGAUGCGGACAUUGCUUCCGCUCUCUCUCAUUUCUCUCUUUGCCAUACAUGCUGAUGCGGAGGACGAGUACUUUAUCGUAGGCGACCUUAGCCAGUACACCACUGAUGGAGUUCCUACUCCCGCCCUCACUGGAUCCACGAUUGAAUUCACUGCCGUGGGUGAUCCAGCUGAAAAUGGCCUCCUUGCAUUUCUGUCACCGGAAAUGCAGUCCAGCCUAACGUCCACAAUGGAUAGCAAUUGCGGUACCGAUAUUGACUCGCAUUGCUACGAAGAGGUACUAGACCUUCUUGAGGACUCAGAUCGGGCUCUCAAAUCCCGCAGCCUGGCUGAGCGGGCACUGCAGCCGCGACAGAUUGACUUGUUAUUGGCCGGAGCUGUCUUGAUUGCUGCCUUGCUAUUUUCGAUCUUCUACAAAGGGGAUAAGGUGGUCCCGGUACCUAUCAAGAUCCUCCCAGAACAAUUGGAAGACUCGUUUGAUCUGGAAACUGCUACCGCCAUCGUGGUCGUCACCAAUGACGGUAGUUCAGAGCCGACUGUCACACCACCUCCAGAGCAGGACAAGGCGACAGGACUACCAGCAACAUUCACAACAUUUGCAAGUGCUGUCAAUGGCGCGAGUAAAGGAGACUUGGGGAUUCAGCUGGACCCGUCGGUGGCGACACACCUCCAGACACUUCUUUCCGACUCCGACUCCUCAGAAUGCGACGUAGGCACCGAUUUCUUUUCUGCCUCUUCGAUCCAGUCUCGAACGUCGUUGGAUAUGGCCAGUGUCAUCUGCGGCGCUGAGAACAUUUUCUCCGAUAACGUUGGCCGUGAUGGUUAUGCAGGCUGGCUCCUCAUGAAUCAGGGAAGGUUCCCUUGGACCAACGCAGAGGUCGUAGCUGGUUUGAACACCGUUGUGCAGUGGGCUCUCACUCAGGGCGCCCGGGUGAAUCCGGCAAUUAGCCCAUCGCAUCUUCAUGGACUAGCUGUCGGUGCUUUCGCCCUGUCAUGGGUCUACUAUAAUCACGGAUCUAUCACGACCAACAACGUGAUCCCCUCUGCAUCUUUGCAGGGUGGCGCUAGUGCCACAACGUGUCAACUGCAGACGGCGACGCAAUGUGGAGUUGGGUGCGGCAUUCAGUCAUGGGCGCCUCAGUACGCCUGUUCAACAUCCUGUGCAACUGUCACAAGUUGCGACGCCCAGUCCGCCCUCACCACCACACUCACCACUACCAUGACAGCUGUUGGCCCGGAUUCAACAGGUUCUUCAUCAGCCGAUCAAGGGCAGCAGAUUGCCGUAGCAUCAUACAUCAACCCGCUUAGUGAUCCAGCAGCUUGGGAUAGGUUGAUCGACUACGACGCAGAUAAGAUGCCUAUCUUAGUUGCGAAUGUCGUUAACGGUCCGGAUUCGUCCGUCGACACCAACUGGCAGGAUGUUAUCCAGCGAGCCUCAUCGGCUGGAAAAACAGUUCUCGGAUAUGUUCGUACUGGGUAUCUUGGUGUGAGCGACCAGAAGUUCCAGACUCGGCUGGGCUCCGGUGACUUGACAGAUUGGACUGCACAAAUUGAAAAGGAUGUCGAUAUGUGGUAUAAGCUUUACGGUGACAGUAUUGGCGGCAUCUUUUUCGAUGAAGGCUGGCCCGAAUGUGGCGAUAACAAUCAAUACGUGGACUUGUACAAGUACAUCAAUGCUUAUACCAAGCGUGCUCAUCCCGAUGCGCUGACCGUGCUGAACCCUGGAUCGCCCAUGGCGUCUUGCUUCGAAGAUACCAUGGACACAUUGUUAACCUUCGAGCUGAGCUAUGACUCCUACAUCAACUCUUAUACUCCUAACGAGUGGACCCCCAAGGAUCCGCGGAAACUCUGGCACAUUGUAUAUGAUGUUCCCGAAACCGCAGUGAGCGAGGUAGCUAAGUUAGCCAAUGAACGCGGAGCGGGCUUCCUGCAGCUUACGGAUGACACCUUACCCAACCCAUACGAUACUCUGCCUGCAGAUUCAUACAUCCAAAGCAUGAUGGAUGCCAUUGACGGUGGAUCGCCACUAAACGCGGACGCUGCAUCCUGGGAAUCUGGAAGCGCUGCAGGAGCUGUGACCGGACUGACAGUUGUGACGUCGGACUACAGCUUUGCUAAACUAUCGUGGGACGCAGCUUCAGAUGCUCUUGGCUACUAUGUGUAUUCCGGUGACAGCCUCAUUGCAAGUGUCCCCAGCUCAAUGACGACGGUUACAAUUGGCGGUCUUGACCCCGGUUCCAGCUACGCACUCCAUGUCAAUGCCGUGGGCGGCAGCGGGAAGCUGGGUUCGUCUUCGAAUACCGUGACGGUGGAAACCACAUCCCUUCCUGAUGGUAAGACUGUGACGAACGCCUACGCAUCGCCCAGCGAGGGGGCAACUACGGUCCACGCCGACAUACUGGUUCCUUAUUCUUUCGUCCGUCUUUACAUCUGGGACUCGGUGGGAUGGUGGAGUAUCAACUUCAAAACAGACGAUUACGUCUGUGCCCAGUAUAUGGUCGAGGGAACGACAUUGUACAAGUACAGUGGCACCGUUCCUGAAGGCUCCACAGCUCCGCCUUGGUCCUGGUCAGUUGUCGGACCCAUUACUCUGACCACCACAGACUACACAUACACUUGGAUUUUGCCAAUUGGGACCUCCACUACCGACACGAGCAAGGUCGUGGUCCAGGCGCAAGGCUACAAUCCACUCACCAACGUCUUCGAGCCGGCUCCCGAUGACUAUGAUUGCAAGGGUUCGUCCAUGUGCAGUGCCCCGGAUAUGUUGAAAUGGUGCGAUCACGCCGUGAAUACCUUGUAUCGCAAUGAUGAUCCGACAUAUCACUCCGCCGAUAAUUUCAACUCGCUUAGUGGGAACUGCUGGGGAGACCAGACUCGCGGCUGUGGUGUCUUUUUGCAAGGCCAGAACUGCAGUAUCAGCUGUAAGAAGUGCGGCUCGUACCAUAGGGGUGAUGGGUGCCUUGUGACUAUCAACUGCGUCUACCAAUGCGAUAACCAUUGA